CCCAGGACCCACCCCGUGACGCCGGUUGCCAUAGUGGCCGCGCCGCUGGCCAUGGCGGCCGAGGAGGAGGACGACGUGGAGUGGGUAGUGGACACCAUCGCCGGGUUCCUGCGGGGGCCCGCCUGGUCCAUCCCCAUCCUGGAGUUCAUGGAGCACAACUGCGAGGUUUUUGAUGAUGAAGAAGAAAGCAAGUUGUCUUACACAGAAAUUUAUCAGGAGUACCAAGCUCUGGUGGAGAGAUUACUAGAGGACUACCUUAAAGAAGUUGGAAUUAAUGAGGAGAAAUUUCAAGAAGCUUUUUCUUCUCCUCUUGCAAAGACCCACACCUCCCAGGCCAUUCUGCAAACAGUGUUGGCAGCAGAAGAUUUUAGACUGUUUAAAAAAAUGAUGGUACAGAAAAAUAUUGAAAUGCAACUGCAAGCGAUUCGAAUCAUCAAAGAAAGAAAUGGUAUAUUGCCUGAGUGUUUGACAGAGGGUUCUGAUGUAUUCAGUGAAAUUGAACAGGAAGAAAUGAAAAUACUCAGGGAGGUUCUAAGAAAAUCUAAGGAAGAGUAUGAAAUAGAGCAAGAGAGAAAGAGGACUGAAGAAGUACAUGCUAAACGCAAAGCUCCAGAUGUUACCCACAAUAUUCCAGGAGAUUCAAGAGAAGCUGUAAAAGUUAAGGAAUCCACUGAGGGAGCUGAGGAUUCUGAAGAAACUACAAAAUGCCCAUUAGAGGGAUCUCAUAAAUCUACAAAAGACCCCAAACCAGUUUGUCCAGUACAAAGAGGAACUGAAAACUUACUCCAGCCCUCUUGUACCAAGGGUAAAGAAGACACUAAGAAAAGGUCUGCUGGGAAAGGUUCAGAGAACACAGUGCAGAAAGCUGGGGAGAAAGGAUCUGAUUUAUCCGAAACUGAAAAGCAGCAGCUGAAGCAACGUGAGGAUUACCUAAAGAAAAAACGAGACCUGUUGCUGGCUACGAAGAAAGAGUCAAGAAAUAAUGUAUCACCACUCAGCACUGAUCAGAAGGAGGAGGAAUCCCCUCCCAAAGAGGAAAUGUCAGAAGAGAAGCAAAGGCUGCUCCAGAAGAGGAAGAUGCUUGCAGAAAAGCUAAAAGAAGAAGUAAUUAAUAAGCGGUAGUUUUAAGAGGCUCAUUGCUGACCCCAAGAACAGAAGGAUGUUUUAGAAUAAAUUAUGAGUAAGUGAAGGGAUUUCCAAUCUUGCACUGGGAUUUAUAGAACUUUCAGACAAGCAGCUCAGUACCUGGUAACUCCCUAUUGCAAAUGCCACUGAAACACACCAUGAAUGCACGUUUUCCAGAGUGCUGGAAACUCCCCAACACUCCCGCAGCAAGGCCGUGCCAUCACUGUAGAGCACAGCCCUGCUCCAGCCCUGGGCCCUGAGAGCAGAGGCACUGAUGGAGAGCUGGGAAAGGAAUUCCUGUGGCAACAGCUCAGAGCUCAACAUUGGAACUUUUCAUGUCAACAGUGCAGAACGUGGUUCCUUUUAUUAGUCCAUUAUGAAGAAAUGGCUCUUUUUCAGCUGCGCAGUGUAAUAAAGUCUGGUUUCACAAGGAAGUGCACCCUCGA